CGGCGACCCGGCGGUCCAUGGACCGGAACCCUGGGCUGACCGGCAGGAACCCGGGCCGCGACCGCCGCCUCCCGGCCCCAGGCUCCUCCUCCUCGCUCCCCGCCGCCCUCUGCGGUCGCCCGCCGGCCGCGCACAGCCACCGCGGGCCUCUGGGAGCCGCGCCGGGAGGCUGUGUGGCGGGGCCGCGGCCGCCGUGGGACUGAGGCCUACUCCGCCGCCUCUCAGUGCUAUUGUCCCGUGGCCUGGCCCUGAGCGGGGCUGCGGGCGAGGGCCGAGCUCGCCGGCUCCGCGGAAGAUGCCGGACCAAGCCCUUCAACAGAUGCUGGACAGAAGUUGCUGGGUAUGUUUUGCCACCGAUGAAGAUGAUAGAACAGCUGAAUGGGUGAGACCAUGCAGGUGCAGAGGAUCUACUAAGUGGGUUCACCAGGCUUGUCUGCAACGCUGGGUAGAUGAAAAGCAAAGAGGAAACAGCACAGCCAGAGUGGCCUGUCCUCAGUGCAAUGCCGAGUACUUAAUAGUGUUUCCAAAGCUGGGUCCAGUCGUUUAUGUUUUGGAUCUUGCAGAUAGACUGAUCUCAAAAGCUUGCCCUUUUGCUGCAGCAGGAAUAAUGGUUGGAUCUAUCUAUUGGACAGCUGUGACUUACGGAGCAGUGACAGUGAUGCAGGUUGUAGGCCAUAAAGAGGGGCUGGAUGUUAUGGAGCGAGCUGACCCUUUGUUUCUUUUGAUUGGACUUCCUACUAUCCCUGUCAUGCUGAUACUCGGCAAGAUGAUUCGCUGGGAGGACUAUGUGCUUAGACUAUGGCGCAAAUACUCAAAUAAGCUGCAGAUCUUGAGCAGCAUAUUUCCAGGGAUUGGUUGUCCUGUUCCUCGAAUUCCAGCUGAAGCUAAUCCUCUAGCAGAUCAUGUCUCUGCUACUAGAAUUCUGUGUGGAGCCCUUGUCUUUCCUACUAUUGCGACAAUAGUUGGUAAACUGAUGUUCAGUAGUGUUAACUCAAAUUUACAAAGGACAAUCUUGGGUGGAAUUGCUUUUGUUGCCAUAAAAGGAGCAUUUAAGGUUUACUUCAAACAGCAGCAAUAUUUACGUCAGGCACACCGCAAAAUCCUAAAUUAUCCAGAGCAAGAAGAAGCAUAAAACUGACUUCUGGUUGUUCUGAGGCCUCUCUCUCAUCCUGCCGAGUCUGUUGUGUUCUGAUUCCAUCACUAAUGCCCUAGUGGAGACUUGUGAUCAGCUACUGCUCCUAUAUUCUAAGAGAUACAAUAAAGCACGCAGGGCAGGCAGGGGAAAGCCUCUCAGUAAUCACGGAACCUAAGGACACGAGUCAACUCUGUAAUUUGUAUGUACUACUUUUACGGCAGUCGGCUAAACCAUUAUUUUAGCAUGGUAAACCUGGGUUUGUUCAUAUUUUUCCAGACAAGAAUGUAAAGAUAAAACUGUACAAAUAUUAAAAGUGGACACGUUGUUUUAUUCUGACGCCUCUUUUGUAUAUACUCAUGUUCAGUGUUUUCUUAGGAACAGCAACUCGAUGAAGGGACUGUGAGGACUUUGUCAUGUGUAAUUUGAUUAUGUGCUACACAGGAGGAGCCUCUGUUAACAUGAGGAAAUGGAAACUAGUUCUGAAUAAAUAACAAACCCAAGAAUGUAUGUCAGCAUUGAGAUGAUUAUCUGAACAAAAGAGAGUUUGUUGUCUUUUCCUUAACUCAUGUGACAUCUCAAGAUGUGUAGGGUCAUGAUGGCUUCCGAAGAGCUUUUCACUAUUAAACUUUAUUUAUGCAAUGGUGACAUCUCAUAGUUCAUAGUGUAAUUUUGGCUCAUGUAGUCAUCCUGUGUGUGUGCCUGUAUGUAUGUGUGUGUAUGUGUGGGAGGGGGUUAAGAAAGGAGGUAGGAGGGAGGGAAGCAGAAGCUAGUGAUAGGGAAAUGAGGUGGAAGACCCUUUUAUCACUCAGUGUGGUUUUAAAUUUGUAUUUCUAGAAAUUAGAGUUGCCAGUUCAUAGUUUAUGCAGAGAAAACUUGCAAAUAAAUGAUCAUAAAAUUACUGGGGUUUUGCUGAUUCAAUUAUUCAGAUAUUUGUUUGUUAAUUGGCUCCCAUUUACCUAGCCCCUGUGCAAGGUGCUGUGGGGUGUACAAGUGUUGAAUGAGACAGACUUGCUCUUAGAGUUUGCAGUCUAAUCCUGGGGAAUCCUAAAUCACAAAGAGUGAUUGAACCAAAGUGAGGUCUUGAUGGUGCUGUGAAUAGCUGUCAGUGAGGUAACUGUGAAAGCAAGUCUUUAAGGAGUAUUGAUCAGAGUAAUUGAUUUCCACUUUAUCUGUUUAUAGGGUAGCCAAUAUGUAUGUUUUUAGGGUGUUUUGUUUUUUGAAUCAGGGUCUCUAGCAUAGGCUAACCUCAAACUUCCUGUGUAUCUGAAGAUGACAUUGAACUCCUGAUCCCUGAUCCUCCCAAUUACAGGUGAGCACCCUAACACCUGCUUUUCUUAACUUGAUGCUGUGGUUGAACCCAGGGCCUUACCCAUGCUAGGUAUACAUUACCAAUUGAACUACAUCACCAGCCCUCCUUUUAGAUUUUAAUUGUCAUAUUAAGGGGGCGAUCUCCUUAAUAGUCAUUGUUUAACUAGUUUUAUAUUCAUUGUUCAAUUAUUUAGGUCAUGUUUAAUAGUGACCAUUACAAUGUUCAGCAAUCUGAAUGUUCUUUUCACUUAUUUUCAUUUAUUAAAAUGAAAAUUUUUAAAUGCAAAAAAUAAUGCUGUUCACAGUAUAUAUGAUGCAUGAUAAUGUCCCCCUUACUGAGAAAUGGAUAUUUCUCUUUAGAAGUGUAACAAAUACAGAUUGAGCUGUGUUAGAUAGAUUGUAAAUAACAUUUUAGUAAAGACUGGCAUCUCUACGUUGGUUAUCUCCGUUUUGAAUUUAUGGUGGCUGUAGGAAUGACUGUUGAACAUCCAGAGUUGUAAUUAUCAGGGUAUAAGGGGCAAUUUGACUGAGUUAACCUUAACACUGCUGUUGUUCUAAAGAGAAAACAUGAACUCUGAUUAUCUAUAAAAAUAAUUUAGAUAUGCAGCUGUAAUUAUGAAAUAUACUGGCUUCUAUAAUUGCCAGUGUGAAAAGAUCUAUUUGACAUUUCCUGGAUAAUCUUAAGUUGAGCAGCUUUAACACAGUUACACAAGCACUCAGUUCCCUGUGUACUACUUUAAUGUCCAAGAUGGGGAGCAGCUGCUUGGGUUGAUUGGCAUCAAGGCCCAUGAAGGCCAAGAAAGUGAUUCUUAUUCUUGAGGGCAGGAGGUUUAUAGAGCUAUGGGGAGGGAACCACAAGUGCCUGCAGUCCAGAGUGAACACUAGCCCUGAAUUUGAAUAGUUCUCAGUCUAAAGAGUCUUAGUCCAAGAAAACACCAUGUGCCAGUCCUCCCUGGAAGGUGGCCUCCCAACCAACCACAAGCCAGCAGACUUAAAGCUGGAUGGAUUGUAUUGCGCUCCUAAUUCAAGUUUUAAUAACUGUAGUGUUUAACCUUGGCCAGGUGGCUGCCCAGCCGCAAUUACAUUCAUCUCUAAAAUGCAAGUAACACUUAGACAGUUUCUAGGAUUAGUUGAGGAAGGGUAGGUUCUUUAGGCCUCAGUAACUCCUAAAGGUGGUAGUCUGUUCUAGGACAGGACAGUUAUAAAGGACAGGGCCCUAGAGGACAGAGCCAGUGCAGACCUGGGGAUGUGUGAGUAUACUGUUCUCCAAUUUAUUUUCAUAUUUGUUUUUUUUGUUAUUUCUAGAAAUGUCACAUUUAAACUUUUUUUAAUAAAAUUUAGUGAUUAGUAAAAUUCUAUUGCAGAAGUUAACUCCAUCAAAGUGGCUGAAAAUGUUGUUCAUUAUCAAAUGAUUGAAGAAUAUAUAAUUAAGUGGCUUCAUUAGUCACUGCCUUGCUAAUUCUGCUGUAUUUUUUUUCUAAUUCUUUUUAAUAUAGAAAACUCAAUACUGGCUGAAUUAGGUUGAAUAAAGAAUUUUUAUGCUCA